CAUGAGAGACCUGGUGAUUCGGAAAAGGAAAGCAGGAAGAGUCCGGACUCAGAAGAGAGCCGGUAACGGAAUGUGUGAACGCCCGGACCCUGUGGCCGGCUGGGGUACUUGAACGCAAAGGAUAAGCUAUGUGCGUUUCUCAACACGAAUUCCCUGGUAACAAGAUUUGAGUUACUUUUGGAUAUAGCACUCUCUCAUCCGGGUCCUGGAGACCACUUGCCCACUUUACAGUGACAGCCCAGAACCUCUCCUCUCCCGGACUAAAGGACAGCAAAAGAAGACGUUCUCCUUUGUCACGAGUGACCGCAGAGGACGCAGGGGGUCGCUCCGCGGAUGACUACCAUGUGGCGCCUUCCGAGCUGGCGAAGGUGUGAAUGACAGAGGUGGUACCUUCCAGUGCCCUCAGCGAGGUCAGCCUGCGUCUCCUCUGCCACAAUGACAUAGAUACUGUGAAGCACCUGUGCAGUGACUGGUUCCCCAUCGAGUACCCUGACUCAUGGUAUCGUGAUAUCACAUCGAACAAGAAGUUCUUCUCCCUUGCUGCAACCUACAGGGGCGCCAUCGUGGGAAUGAUAGUAGCUGAAAUUAAGAGUAGGACCAAAAUACAUAAAGAGGACGGAGAUAUUCUAGCCUCCAGCUUCUCUGUGGAUACACAAGUUGCAUACAUUCUAAGUCUGGGAGUGGUCAAAGAGUUCAGAAAACACGGCAUAGGUUCCCUUUUACUAGAAAGUUUAAAAGAUCACAUUUCAACCACCGCCCAGGACCACUGCAAAGCCAUCUACCUGCAUGUCCUCACCACCAACAAUACAGCAAUAAACUUCUAUGAAAACAGAGACUUUAGGCAGCAUCACUAUCUGCCCUAUUACUACUCCAUCCGAGGGGUCCUCAAAGAUGGCUUCACCUAUGUCCUCUAUAUCAAUGGCGGCCACCCUCCCUGGACCAUCUUAGACUACAUCCAGCAUCUGGGCUCAGCUCUAGCCAACCUGAGUCCCUGCUCGAUCCCACACAGAAUCUACCGCCAGGCCCACAGCCUGCUCUGCAGCUUUCUGCCAUGGUCCAGCAUCUCCACCAAAGGUGGCAUCGAGUAUAGCCGUACCAUGUGAUGUAAUUGGGGCGGCCUCCACCAGACCUCUGCUCUUGGCACCUUGUGGAGUCCACCUUCCUGUCUGACCUCUGCUGUCUUCUGCAAGAAGCUGGUGAUCACCUACCAGCCCACUGGCCUACCCUAGCUGCAGGCCUGGUGCUAUGUUGGCUCAGGAACAGAAUGUGUACCUGGUCUCCAACAGGCUCCCCAGUUUUCGUUCCUGCUUCUGGAAACCUCUCCCUCCACCUGGUGCCCUGGUCCUGCCUCCAUGCACUGACACCAUCCCAAUGGCCUGGCAGAUGUGGCUACUUUCAUUGGGAAGGGGCAUCCCUUGCCAGGCCUCUCCUCUGCUUCCUGCUCCUUCAGUUCCUUCCUGCAAAAUGAACUGAAAUUUCUGCGGUGAAGGAGAAACAGUGUUGUGGAUACCCUUGACCCUGAAGACACAAGAACCUUAGAAUAAAGGGGCAUGGUAAAGGGAAUGGCAGAUUCUUGUCUAGGACCACCCUAAAGAAGCCUGGAGGUGGAAGCAGCUCCUACUCCUCCUGAAAGGCUAGAGUGUUGGACAGAAAGUGUGGGCCUGGCCCUUCUGGAGAGCAUAGAGCUCCAGGGCUCAGCCCUUACCACAGACAAUUAGAUGGGAACUUCCCAUUCCCUGUUCCUCAAUGGCCUCCUGCUACCCCUUUCUUGCUAUUCUGAGGGAUCGCCCUGCCUGUUGGUUCCUGGAAUGCUCUAUACAGCCAACUUGCACUGGGAGCUGGGACAGGUCGUCAUGUGGCUUCCUGGGUUUCCCCCUCAGCCAGUCCUCCAGAACUGAAGCUUCAAGGCCUGGCCUGAUGCAGAUAAGAGGCUGAGCUCCACAUUGUGCAUCUCUGCUGCUGUGGACCCAUAGGACCUGACUUUGGGAGCAGAGGGCAGUUUCGGCCUCUGAGGUAUAGGCUGUAUCAGCACCUUGAAUUGUGCUUGAAGCAUAUGUCACAAGCUCCCAGCCUCCUUUCCCCUGUGCCCCAAGUAUUUGCUGUCAGAGUCCUGCCCAGCAUUACUGCAGUGUCACAGGAGCCUUUGCAGGGCAUCCUCACAGCCACUCGCUAUGCCUGCCUGAGGAGGAACAGCUCUCUGGACAGGCCUCAUUACUGAGUGCUUCCCUCCCUCAGCAUCUCCUGGCUUAGGGCUCUUAGGUGCUUUAGCCAGCCCCAAGGCUGCGUGGCCCCACAAAGGAAGUCUUUAUAGGGCAGGCAGGCAGGCUCACACAGGAAAAACUUCUCCCUUCCUUAAGAGCUGGCCAGCAGCUGACCGUGUCCUGCUAGCCCAUGUCCUACUGACUUCUUUUGGCUGUGUGCUGAGGCCCCAUGCCCUCUCCCCUUUCAGUCAGCAGUGAUCAUGUGAUUUUCAUUUCUGCCCUGUGUGGUCAAGGGAAGACUCUUGCAGAAGGUUCUGCCUUGGGCAUUGGUGAUCCAGCUUAGAGGCCUGGCCCUGCUUUUUCCUUUCUCCUGUUCUCUAAUCACUGCAGUGUCCAGCCUAGUGUUGAACAAAUUGUAGUGUGUUGUCUCAUUACAAAUAAAUAAAUAGACUUUUAACUAGUUUCA